AUGGGGACCGUGUUCAGAGCAGCAUUGGUCUUGGCCUAUUUGGCUGCUGCUUCUGCAGAUUCAGGAGGCCUCACUGCUUCCGGACAGAGAGAACUGAAGCCAGAGCGUCUCACCCAGCACCAUCAAGAAGUUGGCUAUGCAGCACCUCCUUCCCCACCUCAGACCAGAACUCUCCCCAUAGAUCACCCUGACUCAUCUCAGCCUGGACAUUAUUUUGAGGGACAGAGAGAAGGUAAGUCCCCACCAGACAUUCUUCUCAGGCAUUUGCCUCCAAAUUUGUACUUGGGCUUCUGGUCUUCAGAUGGAGAGAAGGGAUAUUCCCUUUCCCUGCCUAGGAGAAGGGUUCAAUGGCUCACAUACUCCCCUUCUAUAGUGCAGCCCCCUCCCUCCCAAGAGGCUGUUCCUGCUCAAGAAGAAGAGCUGCUGCCUCCCCAGCUCCCUGUUGAAAGGAGAGAUCACCGUCUUCCCAAGGAAGCCAUCCCCCUUCAAAAAGACCUGCCCCCUCCCCACCUCCCAAUUGAACAAAAAGAAGAAAAGUCAGCCCCCCUCAAGGGCCGGGGUCACGCAGAGCCUGAGUCUUGGAAUCCAGCCCAGCACUGCCACCGAGGUCGACCCCGAGGGGGCUGGGGUCACCGGCUAGAUGGCUUUCCCCCUGGACGACCUUCUCCAGAGAAUCUGAAGCAGAUUUGCCUCCCUGACCGUCAACAUAUCGUGUAUGGCCCCUGGAACCUGCCCCAGACUGGCUUUUCUCACCUCACUCGCCAGGGUAAUACCCUCAAUUUACUGGAGACUGGAUAUUCUCGGUGCUGCCGUUGCCGCAGCAACACAAGCUGUCUGGACUGCGCAAAACUUGUGUGGGAGGAUGCUAUGACCCAGUUCUGUGAGGCUGAGUUCUCAGUCAAGACCCGGGCCCAUGCGUGCUGCCAACAGCAAGGAGAGGCUCGAUUUGCCUGCUUCCAGAAGGAAGCUCCCCAACCACACUACCAAUCCCGGGCCUGCUCUAGCCGACAACCUGGUAUUUCCUUGGGCCCUGAGCUGCCUUUCCCCCCGGGGAUUCCCACACUGGACAAUUUCAAGAACAUCUGCCACUUGAGACGCUUGCGCUUUGUGCCACACAACCUCCCAGCUACUGACCAUAUCCAAAGGCAGCUGCGGGCUCUGACCCAGCUGGAGGUGCAGUUCCAGCGCUGCUGCCGCCAGGGAGAGAACCAUACCUGUACACAGAAGGCCUGGGAGGAUGCCCUUGAUGGCUACUGUGACAACGAGCAGGCUGUGAAGACCCACCACCACUCGUGUUGCCGCUACCCUCCUAGCCCCGCCCGUGACGAGUGCUUUGCUCGUCGGGCUCCCUACCCCAACUAUGACCGGGACAUCAUGACCCUUGACCUCAGCCGAGUCAGCCCCAACCUCAUGAACCAUCUGUGUGGAAACCAAAGGGUUCUCAGCAAGCAUAAACAGAUUCCUGGGCUGAUCAGAAACAUGACUACCCGAUGCUGUGACCUGCCUUUUCCAGAGCAGGCCUGCUGUGCUGAGGAAGAAAAAUCAGCCUUCAUUGAUGACCUGUGUGGGCCCCGACGUAACUCCUGGCGAGACCCUGCUCUCUGCUGUGACUUGAGUCCUGGGGAUGAACAGACCAACUGCUUUAACAUCAAUUAUCUGAGGAAUGUGGCUCUUGUGGCUGGAGACACUGGGGAUUCCAAAGGCCAGGGGGAGCAGGACCCAACUCACGAAACAAAUAUCAGCUCCACCCUAGAGCCCAAUGAAGAAUGA